AUGAAGCCCUGCGAACCGCGUCGAGCAGGACGCCCCCGUCUUGAAGCCAGCAGCGACGUUGUCCACUCCGACGAUCGUCGGGCUCAGAUCCGUCGCGCCCAGCGCACAUAUCGACUGAAAAAGGAAGCCGUUUUUCGAAAUGCGACGGCUAGAGCCGAGCAGCUUGAAGAGAGAUUGCGCACUGCCGUCGAAGAGGUAGCGUUGCUGUCCGAGGCCGCUGUAGAGACGCAGCUGCAUCAUUCUCAUCCUGAGAUCUAUGCGCGUCUGAGGCGUCUCAAUGGGAUUCUAAUCAAGGGUGGUGAUAGUCCUACCGAUGCGAGUCCUACUGAGCUAUCGCCGGGCUCAUCCGGACAUCAAGUGCCAAUGCUCAAUGCCCAAGUCCAAUCCGCCAGACAAUCCCAACUUUCCCUUUCCCGUCCUCCUUCACUCCCAGCCAGGCAGUACACGUACGCAUUCCAGGAACCGCGCUUUGCCCGUCGGUUACUGCGAUACUGUCUCGAACACGCGUAUCGUGUCUUUGCAGACCCCCGGUCGGAUCCGCGUGAGAUCUACCGCAUGUUCCGGCUCGUCCCCUGCGUAAAAGACCGGGGAAAGACCCAGCCGCGCUUUCGGCAGCUCUUGAUGGGCGGGCACACGGAUCCUCUGGAAGUGCCAGGUCUACCGUUCUACAAUGUUGGUGGCGCGGGUUCGCAUUUCCCGGAUCUCGACGAGGAUGGGAAUGCGAUUUACCCGGUCAAUAGUAGGAUGCCGAGGCGGGUGCUGGGGGUGUUGCCGUGGGACGAGCUGGGAAAGGGAGAUGUAGAUGCUUUGGAGGUUCAUGGGCUAGGUGGGGAAUGGUUCGACAGCCGGGACGUGGAAGGUUAUCUUAGGCUGCAGGGGUGGGACGUGAACGGGUCUUUAUUUCUCAUGCAGCACAUACCAAAUGGCGCAGCAGAGAGAGUUGGCAGUCAACCAUAUGUUUUAGAUGUUGAGGGGUUCUUUUCACCCAGCAUGACCACACUCAAAGACCAAAUUGCCGUCGAGGCUAUUGACGCGGACUGUUACCGCUCCGUCGUCCCCCCAAUACGCAUGGGCGAUCUCGCCGACUGGGCUUACGGCGGCAAUAUCCUUGCCAUUGCAGUCCAGGCCGCUUAUGCGACCGUCACAACAGGCCAGCACCUGUACUCUAUCAGCGGCCAUUUCGUGCGGCCCACCGGCCCAGCCCAAAAGCUGAUCUGCCGCAUUGAGCGCGUCUGCGACACACGGACCUUCCAGACACGACAAAUACGCGUGGUCCAGUCCAGGAAAUCCGAACAGCUAUGUCUCAUUGCAACGGCAGAUUUCCACAUUGAUGAGUCGGAUGAGAUGGUGAACUACUCCGCUCGUCCGCAGCUCCCCGUCCCGACAUCCUCGGCGGCAGAAACAGAGACAGAGGACACGCCAGAACCCGGACUCUAUCGGAUUAUCAAUAUGCUGAUGGAGGUCUGUCCGCACCAGGGCGACCGGAAUGGGAAAGACGUUUCGGGAAUCGUCUCGGCUGAGCGGUUCCGAGUCCACGACACUCUUCGUCCAGAGGCUGACCGGAUCGCUGCCCUUGCGUUCUACAUGGACCGCGGGCUUGCGUAUAUCUCGGCGAACCAUUCAGGCUACAGCCUGUCUCAAGCCAGUGCCUGCGCGACUCUCGACUUUGCGCUACGGGUGCUGACGCACCAUUCUUAUCUGCGACGCACCAUUCUUAUCUGCAGGACUGGCAUGUUAGCGAAAGACAGACUUGUGGCGGAGAAUGCACGCGCGCUUGGCGAGGGGAGGGUGUUCAAAAGGGAUGGCUGGCUGCUGGCGAGUAUGACACAGACGACCAUUCUAAGGCCGAAGAAGGUUUAG